AAAGCCCUGUCUCCAUUAUCCAAUCCCACCACCACCCUAAAACGAAAAAGAAAACCAGAGAAAGAUAGUUACAGGCUUUCUAGCGACUACUCACAUGGAGAAUUUCAAGAAAUCUCCAAUAAAAUCAUGGAGGAAGGGGCCUACCAGGGGGAAGGGAGGACCCCAGAACUCCACCUGUGAGUACAGGGGAGUGAGGCAGAGGACGUGGGGCAAGUGGGUGGCUGAGAUCAGGGAGCCCAAGAAGCGGACGAGGCUCUGGCUGGGCUCCUUUGCCACUGCUGAGGAGGCCGCCAUGGCCUACGACGAGGCUGCGCUGAGGCUCUAUGGCCCAGAGGCUCACCUCAACCUUCCCCACCUUCAUAGCAGACUAAUGCCCUCUCCAAUGAAGCCCCAGAAACUGAUGAGCUGGGUCCCUUCCAAGAACUUCAUGUCCAUGUUCCCCUCCACCGGAAUUCUCAACCUGAGCGCCCAGCACAAUGUUCAUGUCAUUCACCAGAAACUUCAAGAGUUCAAGAAAAAGCACGCCAACAAUAGUGCUCACCAAAUGCAUCAGCAGCAGACUUCGCCGGUCUCUUCCCCUCUUCCGGCUUCAGUCAAGCAGGUGCAAGAUGUUCCGCAUCAAACUAGUGCAGAAGAAACUCUCUCUUCAGUUACAGCCGAGUUAUCAGCUUCUGAUGAAAGGGAUCAGGCCAGUCAGCCUUUGCCUCGUAUCCAACUAAAGCAGAUCGAUCUCAAGGAGUUCCUGCAACAGCUGGGACUGAUGAAAGAAGAAGGUGGUGGCGCUGACGGUGGCGACACCGCUAGCUCUUCGCUAAUUCCUGAAGUCGCGUCGUUGGAGACGAACGUGCCUGAUCACUUUGAGAUCUCCAUGUUUGAUCAGCAGCAGCAGCAGCAGCAGCAUCUCAACUGGGACGAACUGCUGGAGGUGCAGUCAUUGGAGGCACAUAAAUUCGACUACCAACAAGAUUUUGAGCUUGAUAUGCACGAAGACCUCAUGAGCUUCUCUGCUUCCAUCUGGGAUUUUAAUAUAUAGUAGCUUAAUUUGGUGUCUAUAAGCAGAAUUAGAGACUUUUCUUUGUUUUGGUAGAUCUAGGACUUAGUCCAGCUUAGUUUAGCUUUAGUACUGCAGUUAAAUAUUUUUCCCUUAAUUUUGAUAUAUUAUUUGGCAUUUACCAUGCAUAUACGAUGGCUACCAUGAAAGUGGAAAAUGAUAAGUUGAGCCAAGAAGAGAGCUUAGGUAUAGAACCCCCCCCCCCCCCCGCCCCGCCCAACCAACAAAAAAAAAUAUUAACGUUACUUGAUAUUAUGUUUUAGUUGUAUCUGCAAGGUUAAUUAAUAGCCUUUUCUUGAGAGUGUUAAA